CACCCGGCCCAGCCGCGUCCGGCGCCCCGCGGGCGGCUCUGAGCCCCGCCGCCGCCGCCGCUGGGCCCCGCGCGGCCUAGUGGGCCGGGCCGUAGCCGGGGGCUGGCGUAGCGCGCGGCCGCCGCAGAGUUCAACCUUGUAAAUACUGUUAUUUGUAUAUACUGUAAAUGAUGACAUCGGUGGGCACUACCCGAGCCCGGGGCAGCUGGGAGCAGACACAGACACAGAGCCAGACGCAGCACAAGCAGCGGCCACAGGCUACUGCAGAACAGAUUCGACUUGCACAGAUGAUUUCGGACCACAACGAUGCUGACUUUGAGGAGAAGGUGAAACAACUGAUUGACAUCACAGGCAAGAACCAGGAUGAGUGUGUGAUUGCUCUGCAUGACUGCAAUGGGGAUGUCAACAGAGCCAUCAAUGUGCUGCUGGAGGGCAAUCCUGACACGCAUUCCUGGGAAAUGGUUGGGAAGAAGAAAGGUGUCUCGGGACAGAAGGAGAGUGGACAGACGGAACCCAGUGAAGAAAGCAAAGAGAACCGGGAUCGGGAGCGGGAUUUCAGCAGACGACGUGGCGGGCUGCCGAGGCGAGGCCGAGGUGCCACCCGUGGAAGAGAGUUUCGGGGCCAGGAGAAUGGGCUAGAUGGUGGCAAGAGUGGAGGAUCUUCUGGAAGAGGCACGGAAAGAGGGAGGCGGGGACGCGGCCGAGGCCGAGGUGGCUCUGGACGGCGAGGGGGAAGAUUUUCUGCCCAAGGCAUGGGAACUUUCAACCCAGCUGACUAUGCCGAGCCAGCCAGCACGGAUGAGAACUACGGGAAUAGCAACAACACGUGGAACAACACUGGGAGCUUUGAGCCGGACGAUGGCACAAGACUUGAUUUCAUUGGGGGUGAGGGGUCAAAUUAUCCCCGAAAAUUUGACACUGCUCCUGGUACGAUACAUCCAGGUGCAUGGAGGGCAGCGACAGAAGAAUGGGGCACGGAGGACUGGAAUGAAGAUCUGUCAGAAACAAAGAUCUUCACAGCCUCCAAUGUGUCUUCAGUGCCUCUGCCUGCUGAGAAUGUGACAAUCACAGCUGGACAAAGAAUUGAUCUCGCAGUCCUGCUAGGAAAGACACCCUCUUCUAUGGAGAAUGAGUCAACAAACCUGGAGUCAUCCCAGACUCCUUCCCUGGCGCAGCCACUGGUGUUCAGCAAUUCUAAACAGAGUGCUCUAUCCCAGCCUGCCUCUGGAAACUCCUUCUCUCACCACAGCAUGGUGAGCAUGCUGGGGAAAGGGUUUGGAGAUGUCGGGGAGGCCAAAGGCAGCAGUACCACAGGGUCACAGUUCCUGGAGCAGUUCAAGACAGCCCAGGCACUGGCUCAGCUGGCAGCUCAGCACACCCAGCCUGCUGGGAGCACCACUGCAGCUUCCUGGGACAUGGCAUCCACCACACAGACCUCGUCUCUGGUGCAGUACGAUCUCAAGAACCCAACAGACUCUUCUGUGCAUAGUCCCUUCACCAAGCGUCAGGGCUUCACAUCAACUUCAACCAUGAUAGAAGUGUUCAUGCAGGAGAAGCAGCCUGUGGUGACUGCCUCCACAACCACGCCGGCACCUCCAUCCUCACCACUGCCCAGCAAAACCAAUCCAGUCCCCCAGAUGUCUCCAGGGUCCUCGGACAACCAGUCCUCAAGUCCCCAGCCAGCCCAGCAGAAGCUCAAGCAGCAAAAGAAAAAAGCAUCGUUAACAUCAAAGAUUCCUGCACUGGCGGUGGAAAUGCCUGGCUCCUCAGAUAUCUCAGGGCUAAACCUGCAGUUUGGGGCGUUGCAGUUUGGUUCAGAGCCUGUUCUUGCUGAGUAUGAAUCGACGCCCACGACCAGCGCCGCCGUUAGCCAGUCUCAGAGCAGCCUCUACACCAGCUCGGCCAGUGAAUCUUCAUCCACAAUUUCGUCCAAUCAAAGCCAGGAGUCUGGUUACCAGAGUGGCACAAUACAGACAGCAACAUUUACCUCCCAGAACAGUGCUCAGGGACCACUGUACGAACAGAGAUCCACCCAGACGAGGCGAUACCCAAAUUCUAUCUCCUCUUCACCCCAGAAAGAUCUGACCCAGGCUAAGAAUGGUUUCAGUUCUGUACAACCCACGCCAUUACAAACCACACAGGCUGUUGAAGGUGCUACGGGCCCUGCAGUGAAAUCUGACUCCCCCUCUGCUCCCAGUAUUGCCCCUCUCAACGAUGGGGUGUCUGCAUCCUCCUUGCUGACAACAGCCAGCCAACACUCAACAGCUCUGAGCAGCCUGAGCCACAGCGAGGAGCUCCCCAGUACAACCACUGCCCAGCUCAGCAGUGCAUUACCCACCCAGCAGAACAGUCUGUCCUCAUCCACAUCCUCUGGGCGAACAUCAACUUCAACUCUUCUGCACACAAGUGUGGAGAGUGAAGCAAGCCUCCAUUCUUCUGCUAGUACUUUCUCCACCUCCUCCAGCACGGUGUCAGCUGCCCCACCAGUUGUCAGCGUUUCCUCCAGCCUCAGCAGUGUCAGCAGCCUGGGCCUCAGCCUCAGCAGCAACUCCACGGUGACAGCCUCGACUCGCAGCUCUGUUGCAACCACAUCAGGAAAAGCCCCUCCCAAUCUCCCUCCUGGAGUCCCACCGUUGUUGCCUAAUCCAUACAUCAUGGCUCCAGGGUUGCUACAUGCCUAUCCGCCACAGGUGUAUGGAUAUGAUGACUUGCAGAUGCUCCAGACGAGAUUCCCGUUGGAUUACUACAGCAUCCCAUUCCCUACACCCACCACACCACUGACUGGAAGAGAUGGCAGCCUGAGCAGCAAUCCAUACUCUGGUGACUUAACAAAAUUUGGCCGUGGUGAUGCCUCUUCCCCUGCUCCUGCAACAACUCUGGCGCAGCCCCAGCAGAGCCAGACCCAGACUCACCACACCACGCAGCAGACGUUCCUGAACCCGGCGCUGCCUCCUGGCUACAGUUACACCAGUCUGCCAUACUACACAGGGGUACCAGGGCUCCCCAGCACCUUCCAGUACGGGCCCGCCGUGUUCCCUGUUGCUCCUACCUCUUCCAAGCAGCAUGGUGUGAAUGUCAGCGUCAAUGCAUCAGCAACACCUUUCCAGCAGCCCAGUGGAUAUGGCUCUCAUGGGUACAGCACUGGUGUAUCCGUGACAUCCAGUAAUACAGGCGUGCCAGACAUCUCGGGCUCUGUCUACUCCAAAACUCAGCAAUCCUUCGAGAAGCAGGGAUUUCACACUGGAACCCCAGCAGCCUCCUUCAACCUGCCUUCGGCGCUGGGCAGCGGCGGCCCCAUCAACCCCGCGACAGCCGCGGCGUACCCCCCCACCCCCUUCAUGCACAUCCUGACCCCGCAUCAGCAGCCUCACUCGCAGAUCCUCCACCACCACCUGCAGCAGGAUGGGCAGAGCGGCUCCGGGCAGCGCAGCCAAGGCAGCUCCAUCCCCCAGAAAUCCCAGGCCAACAAGUCCGCCUACAACAGCUACAGCUGGGGCGCCAACUGAGGCCGGGCCCUCGCCACCACUUGCUUCCGGAAGAGAAUCCCAGUGACCCCGAUGAUGAGGAAGGAUCCCAGGGAGGAGAGAGCCCUGCGGCGGGGAGCGCCCGGGCCCCCAGCCCCAGCAGGGCCCCGCAGGGCAGGCCGCAGGCACCUCUGCGUUGUCUGUCUUCAGCCACUUUCCUGUUGUAUGUAAUAUAGAAUUUGUAUUUUUUCUUUUUUUUUUUUUUCCUUUUUUUUUUUUUUUUUUUCCUUUUCUCUCUCUCUCUCUCUCUCUCUCUCUCCGCAUUCAGAUCUGAACCGUUUGCCGUAGGGGCCUUUUUUGGUUUUUACUCCUUUCUAUCCCCUCUCCUGUCCCCAGAAUCUCUCCGAUCCAAAGGAGUGGAAGCUGCGAGUCGCCUACAGCAAACCCCCUUAUUAUUAGGAUUAAGACCAGUAAUUGAUAUGAGCAGCAUUGUAAGAUUAAUUAGUUGAAGUGUUUUUUUUGUACCGUGUUCUAAAUUUAAUGGAUAAAUGUGUCUUGUAUAUAAAAACAAAAACCCCAUGCUGUCCUCUAGUUCUCUCAUUUCUCCCCCACCCCGCCGAGGGGUCCCCCCUGGUAUUUUAUGUUCUCCAUCUGCGUCCCUCCAUCCUCACGGGCCCAGAGUGCAGGUCCUGCCCUGCUUGCACGCUGUAAGUAUCUUCUGCUUUUGGGUUGGGGAUUUUUUUAUUUUCUUUUUAUUUUCCCUUUUGUUUUGUGGGGUUUUGUUUGGUUUGGUUUUUUGGGGUUUUAUUUUUGGUUUUUUUUCUAUGCAGUCCAGAUCUUGUACUUUUCAGUUCCACCUGAUCCCUUCAGCUGCAGCCCCGAGCGGGGAUUUACUGAAGAGAAUAAAGAUCACAAAGUGA